GAUCUCUACGUUUACAUCUCGGAGCACGAGCACUUCACAGAUUUCAACGUCAGCUCGGCCCUGUUUUGGCAAAAACGCGACCUCAUCUACGGGGACUGGACCAGCGGGGACAACGCCGACGGCUGCUACGAACACUACGGGGAGGUCGACAUCUCCCAGAGCGUGCAGCAGAACGGCUCCAUCUACGUCCACGUUUACUUCACCAAGAGCGGCUUCCACCCCGACCCCAGGCAGAAAAAUCUCUACCGGCGCCUGGCCACCGUGCACACCUCCCGAAUGAUCAACAAAUACAAGCGGCGGCGGUUCCAAAAAACCAAAAAUCUGCUGACGGGGGAGACGGAGGCCGACCCCGAAAUGAUCAAGAGGGCGGAAGAUUUCGGCCCCGUGGAGGUCAUCUCCCACUGGCACCCCAACUUGACCAUCAACAUGGUGGACGACCACACGCCGUGGGUCAAGGGCAGCGUCCCGCCCCCCUUGGACCAGUACGUGAAGUUCGACGCCAUCAGCGGUGAUUACUACCCCAUCCUCUACUUCAACGACUACUGGAACCUGCAGAAGGAUUAUUUCCCCAUCAACGAAAGCCUCCGGCGCCUCCCUUUCCGCCUCUCCUUCUGCCCGCUCUCCCUCUGGCGCUGGCAGCUCUACGCCGCCCAGAGCACCAAAUCCCCCUGGAAUUUCCUUGGGGAGGAUCUCUAUGAGCAGUCGGACGAGGAGCAGGACUCGGUGAAG